AUGGCGUCCUCCGUCGCUAGUAGGACGUGGACGAGGCCGGCGCCGACGCUAUCGCAUCCUCUCGUGUACCUAUCCUUUAGCCACGACGCGUCCUGCGUCAUAGCGGCGGACGCCUCCACCGUGCACUGGCUCAGCUGCGACACCUUCAGUCUGCGCGGCCUUUACCAGGAGAGAGGCGCCAGCAGGGCCGUCGUCGCCGCCUGCGGGGACAUGCUCAACGAGAAGGCGUCCACCUGCGCCGUCGUGACGACGAUGACGCGCGCCGCCGCCCUCCCUGCUGGAGGCUCCGAGACGACGACGUUCGCCGUCCGGCGCUGGAGGCCAGGCUACCUGAACUACCACUGGCGCUACGACGAGUGGGCGACGGACAUCGACGCCGGCGAGGUGCAGGCGGUUGGCGUCCACGGCGACAAGACGUUUCUCGUCCACGACGGCCGCGUGGACGUGUACGGGCCAGGCGGGGACCGCGGCGUGCAUGUGCUUCUCCACCGGGUGGAGACGCGGCCGGGCGGCGGCACACGCACACCCCUCUGCGCCGCGUCGCGCGUCGCGCCGGUGGCGUUCGCGUGCGCUGCCGCGGAGGCCGGCGAGGUAAGCGUGGAGCGGUGGGCGGCGGCGGUGGACGGGUUCGCGCCGCUGUCGUCGUUCCGUGCGCACUCGUCGCGGCUUGGGUGCGUGGCCGUGUCCUGGGACGGCCGGUUCGUUGCCACGGCCAGCUUCAAGGGCACCAUCGUGCGCGUCUUCCAUGCCGCCGAUGGCACGUUGCUUCGAGAGCUACGAAGAGGCGCUGACAGGGCAGACAUCUGCAGCAUGGCGUUCUCUCACGAGUCCAAGUGGCUUGCCGUCUCCAGCGACAAGGGGACGAUCCACGUCUUCAGCGUCAACGUGAAUGUGCCCUCGCCGUCGCCGGAACAGGAGGACAGCAACAAGCCUGACAGUCCCAAUGCAGGCUCUGCACUGAAUCUGAAUGCCAAGCAAGGCUCGUCCUGGUCUUUCUUCAGCGGUACAACUUCUUUGCUCAACUCAUCUAUGUUAGAUCGACUGUAG